GUUAGGAUGGUUAUUCAGCUGGCUUCCUGCCUGGUGUCCCACAUCACUGCUACAUCUUAAAGAGGCUGAGGACAAAAUGCUAAAAUGUAUUGCAAGCACAUACAGUAAACGAUAUGUGUAUAUAUCUAAUGGAAAUAAAAUAUGGACACUGACAUUCUCUCCGGACCAUUCACAUAAAACUCCACUUGUUCUCCUACAUGGGUUUGGAGGAGGUGUUGGACUGUGGGCUCUCAAUUUUGAAGAUCUCUGUGAGAACAGGACCGUUCAUGCUUUCGACCUGUUGGGAUUUGGACAUAGCAGUAGACCACACUUUGACACUGAUGCUCGGGAAGCAGAAAAUCAGUUUGUGGAAUCCAUAGAAGAAUGGAGAAAGGAGGUGGGGUUAGAAAAAAUGAUUUUGCUUGGACACAACCUAGGUGGCUUCCUGGCUGCUGCUUACUCAUUAAAAUACCCAUCAAGGGUCAAACAUCUUAUCUUAGUGGAGCCAUGGGGUUUUCCAGAGAGGCCUGACAAUGCUGAGCACGAAAGACCAAUUCCAAUCUGGAUCAAAGCACUAGGAGCUAUAUUGAGUCCAUUUAAUCCAUUAGCUGGGCUGAGGAUAGCAGGACCCUUUGGAUUAAGCCUUGUUCAGCGUUUAAGACCAGAUUUCAAGCGCAAAUAUUCGUCAAUGUUUGAUGAUAACACUGUGGCUGAAUAUAUCUAUCACUGCAAUGUACAGUCACCCAGUGGUGAAACAGCUUUCAAGAACAUGACUAUUCCUUACGGAUGGGCAAAAAGGCCGAUGCUGCAACGGAUUCCACAAAUGGAUCAAGACAUUCCUAUCACUGUGGUCUAUGGAGCACGUUCAUGUAUAGAUGGCAAUUCUGGCAGCACUAUCCAGUCUCUGAGACCAAAUUCGUAUGUGAAGACGAUAGCUAUCCUCGGUGCAGGUCAUUAUGUGUAUGCUGAUCAACCUGAAGACUUCAAUCAGAAAGUGAAAGAUAUCUGUGAUUCUGUGGACUGACUGUCUUCUGUUCUUUAGAAAGUCAUAUGGUAGAUAGCAUUUAAUAGCAAUACUCUCUAGGAAAUCACUAAAGAAUGUGGAGCUAAUGGAACAGGCUCUGUUUGCACACUGUUUCUUCUAAGAAGCCAUUUGCACACUUAAACCACUUAGUGCCUUUUUGGGGGGUACAGGGAGAUUUGAAGCAACUUUGUAGAGCUUUGUUUGAGAUUGGUCUUUAGAUUAUUGGCCUGACAUAUAUGAAAUUACAUAUAACUUUUUAAACUGGAAUUUUCUUCAAAAUGUAAUUGAAUUUUGCACAUGGUGAACUUCUAAAGAUGCUGAAUUCUCCCCUAACGCAGAGAACUGUAUCGAUAUAGAUACAAUGUGUAAAAUGCAAUUUGGUUUCUUUACAAACAUUCAUUUUUCAGUUGAGGUUUUGUAGCAAGAAUAUGAAAUUGCUUAUACAUUUUAUUUUUGGAAUUCAGAACUCCAUACACAAUAUUUUAAGAGGGUGUUUGUUUGGGUUUUUUGAUUGGAGUGAUAACAGGUUAUGAAGCUGAUUUUGGGAGAGGGACAGGGCCAAAAUAAUGAGCAGUGUUU